AUGAGCUACUAUCAUCUAGGCUUUCUCUACUUGAUGGUGCUGAUGAUUACACUCUCCAAUCAUGUUAUACAUCCUGGCCCUUCACAAACUGCUUUGCAUUCUUUCCAUGGUGAUAGCAACAACUCAUCAACAAUGGAAUUAGAGCAGCCUAACACUAGCCAUAGAAAGCUUUUGGCACAUGGAAGUUGUACUAGUAGAGAUAUAAGCAUAUCACAAAGCAGAGAUUCAACAUCUGGGAUUCCUGAGUACAUAGUUCAGAUUGUCAACACUUGUGUUUUUGGAUGUGCUCCUUCAAAUAUUCAUCUCUAUUGUGGUUGGUUUGCUUCAACAAGAAUAAUAAGCCCAAUGACCUUCAAGAGGUUAUCUUAUGAUGAUUGCUUGGUUAAUGGAGGAAAGCCUUUGAGGAGUAGCCAGAUUAUCAGAUUCACUUACUCUAACUCCUUCAUGUACCCUCUUUCUUUAAGGUAUGCCAAGUUUUGCUGA